CCCGGAAGUACUUUAUGACGCUUUGGCUAACCGGCUAAUGUUACAAAUGACAGGGAAGUAUGCCCGAGUUGCGUGGUUGAGUAGUUCUGUUACGAUUAGCCCUAUGUUAUAUGACAUUGCGAACUGGUGUUUUGCUCUUGGAGGACGAGCAUAAAUUGUAUUCCUUCAAAAUGUUUCCCUCACACGAUGAUGGGCCACGAUAGGCUUGUCAAGUUAUGCAGGGGUUAUGGAAAGUCUACAAAACUCUGCUGAAGAACAACAAUACAUCUUUUACAAAGAUAAUCCAUGGCCCAACAAACAGGAAUCGACUAACAACUACAAACCAGGUGUCAGUGGAUUUGUUUUAGUGCAUGCAGGUGCAGGUUACCAUUCGGAAUCCAAGGCCAAGGAGUACAAGCAUGUAUGCAAAAGAGCUUGCCAGCAAGCUGUGGACCAGCUCAAAGCAGGGGCACUUGCAGUUGAAGCCGUGGCUGCAGCACUGGUUGAGCUUGAGGACUCUCCUUUUACUAAUGCAGGUAUGGGCUCCAACAUAAAUUUGUCAGGGCAAAUAGAGUGUGACGCCAGUAUCAUGGAUGGAAAGUCACUGCAUUACGGAGCUGUGGGUGCUAUUAGUGGCAUUAAGAACCCCGUCUUAGUUGCGAAUCGACUGUUGAGUGAAGCGCAGAAAGGCAAGCUUUCAGCCGGCAGAAUACCCCCCUGCUUUUUAGUGGGACGAGGAGCACACGACUGGGCUGUUAGCCAUGGUGUCCCAGCCUGCCCCUCAGAGAAAAUGGCCACUAAAUUCAGUUUAUCUGCAUACAAGCGGAACAAAAGAAAGAUGGAGCUGGCUGAGAAAAUGGACCCAGGACAUAAUCAAACAAAGAAAAGACGACAAUCAAGUAGAAAUGAAAAUGGUUCCGAGUGCCUUGAUACUGUCGGGGCCAUUGUGGUUGACAUGCAAGGCAAUGUAGCAGCAGCGGUUUCCAGUGGAGGUCUGGCCAUGAAACAUCCAGGCAGGGUUGGCCAGGCUGCUCAUUAUGGAUGUGGCUGCUGGGCUGAAAAUGCAUGCAACAUGAACUCUUACUCUACAGCAGUGAGUACCUCAGGCUGUGGAGAGCAUCUGAUUCGCACCAUGCUGGCACGGGAAUGCUCCGCUGCCAUGCAGUCGGAAGAUGCCCAUCAGGCAUUGCUGGAUGCUAUGCAAAACAAGUUCAUCAGCUCACCCUUUCUGGCCAGCGAAGAUCGAGUUUUGGGUGGCGUAAUCGUCUUGCGCUGCUGCAAAUGUGUGGAACCUCAGCCGUCUACAAAUGUUAAGGGUUGUCUAGUGGAGUUUCUUUGGAGCCAUACCACAGAAAGCAUGUGUGUAGGCUACAUGUCCGCCCAAGACAGCAAAGCAAAGACACACAUAUCCAGAUUACCACCUGGCACUGUUCCUGGUCAGUCGCUGGCCAUCGAAGGAGGUGUUUGUCGCCUGACGAGCGCGGUAGAUUGAGUCCCAUUCGCCUUCCUUGUUCGCUUCUCAAGCAAUAUUAUACUCACAAGGUAUUAUGAUGGAUGAUCCUGGAAAUGAAAAGCUUGAGUGUGGUCUGUGCACUUGCAAGACUUCCAUAUGCACUUGGAGUUAUACUUGAUGCACUGUUGCCUUGAUAUCCCACGUAUUGAUUUAUUCCUUUUUAUGGUAGAUAAGCUACGAUUAUGAGGUAAACAGGGUGGAUGUUAUUUUGUAUUACUUCAUCAAUGGAACUUUUUUUGAGGGAUUUCAAUUCAAAUUCUAUGAUAGUCCUCAAGCACAAUAGAUGAAAUAUGCACACGUAUAAUAACUUGUAAAUGGCGCCUUUAUAUCUGACAGGAAAAAUUGUGAUCUUAUUACUCGGAUAAACAUAUUUAGCAUCUAUGUUUUCUCACACACGUACAUCAUUAAGCCCAUGUUGCACAAGAAAAAUCAUAUGAGUCUUAGUUAAUGAGACACUUUCAGCCUUUAUAACCACAACAUAGUUUAUGAAAAAUUGAGUACAUAGAACUGCAUGCGCUUCACCAAGAGGGCAGAGCUACAUAUAUGCACUACCAGAGCUAUGCGGAUAUUGAAGCACUCAGGUAGCUUACUCAGUUAGAGCUACAAACAAGAACAGCUGUUAGCAAACCAUGAAUAACACAUAUCUUUAUAGAUACUACAUUAAAGGACAUGUAUUUUGUUUUUAUGAAGGAGAGGGUUCAUCUAUAUUACAAUUUAUGCAUUUCAGUGCACAUUCAAAUGGUGCUAUAAAGUUUUACUUGAAAAAGUAUAAAUUCAUCUUUCUGUUAAGCUACUUUUCUCUAUUAAUAAAUGUUCCAAGUCAUAAGACAACAUGACUAACUCCUGUCACAUGAAAAUGUAGUGUACAACUACAAAAUACAGAAAAUUCUAAUAUGUGCGCAGCGUUCCACAGUGAUUCAGAAGUAAAUAAACUUUUAUGUUACCAUGUUAA